UAACUGAGACACACACACACACACACACACACACAUGGCUGAGUGGUGUUUGAAAGUGGAAAAUACUGUUAUGUAAUGUCUAAAAAAUGUGGAUUCUACUUUGAAUUCACAUCAUAAAUAUUUAUGAGAAUGAGUUCUCGGUGCAGUUUUGUUGUGAAUAGUGAUGAAAUAUUCUAACCUUAGAUUCUCACAGGACAAGUUCCAGGAGAACUGGAUCAUGUAAACAGGUACAAUAAUGAAAGUGACAGCCACGCUGAAAGUGAUUAUUCUCUGUGGUGAUGACACCAAAAAAAAAAAAAAAGAAAAGAAAAAAUAUUCAUUACAGCCAUUUAAAACCGUGUUUCUUCCAUUUCCCCAGAGUGCCACACAAUGCUGUUCACGCUGAAAGUGAAACUCCCCAGCAGUGACCCUGGGGAGUUGGUGAUAUUAGUGUGAAGUAAUCACCUGUAUGUAAAUCAGCUGACUGCAGUAAUCACACCAGUGUAGUUCUUUUGUUAAUCACACCAGAUGCCUGGAUGACGCUGUUCAUCAUCUGAUAACAUGAGAGGUUGUUCUGUGGAGUGGAAGAUCGGCUGGUUAUUAUUAUCAUAGUGAUUUGUUCUGGUUGUGAUGAAAAAAGUGCUGUGUCUUGCUUUUUUAUCUGGGGUAGCUGUAACUCUAAUAUUAACACCUAAACAAUGGUGGGCUACCAUUUCUUAAUUCUGCACGUUAAAGGCCGAGACCACCAUCACUGUAACCUUGGCACACAGACAGACGUACGAAGGGGAGAGGAAGCGAGUGUGGGAGUCAGGAAUGGAAGACGUUUGCCAAAAAACUGAGCAUAAUGGCUGCAGGUUGUUCCAGGAAAUUAUAUGGAAAGUAUAUGGAGCAUGUAAUUGAAUGAUGGAGGGAAUUCACUUUUGGUGAUCUCGUAUGCACUGUAGAACAUGACCUGAUUUGUGUCCACACCCCCUCCCUCCUCCCCCUCUCUCUCGUUCUCUCCCUGACUCUACACAGUGUUGCUAAAUCUUUUAGCUCAUCACGCCGCUUAUGAGGUCUGUGAUUGUGUGAUGUGACGGAUUUAGGACACUCACCUGUCUGUCGUCAACUGGCAGCCGUGAGAACUUUGAAAAAUAGUGGUGGAAUAUAGUGUGACGUUAGGUGGCUGCAUAAAUGCUGUAAUAGGAGUACUAUUUUAUACAUGUUUUGUGACAGCUCCGCGUUGUCGCAGGUGUACGGUUUCAUUUAGUUUUAUGUCCCUCUCUCUACAGUGUGUUUCUCUUUCAUAUUCCUGUUUACUGCCCUUCUCUCUGCCCUGACUGCACCUUCAAUUUCACUCUCAGCGAGGACUGGAAGUGUGUUAGAUGUCCUGGAGUGUAGGCGUCAGAUGGAAAUUAAUGCUUUGAGAAUCCUUCUACUACGAACAUGCAGCUUUUUUUUAUUAUUUGUUUGUUGCUUCAUUGACCUUGACCAUGUUGUGGAAACUGUAUCAGCGCGACACAUCAAGGAAAUGUUUUUAGAAGGUUCUUGAACCCGUAUGGUAAAUGGUGAUACAACUGCUGCUGGGAAAUCAGUGAGAAAAAAAGACAUGAGGUCAGCGGUCUCCUCACGGACCCUGUGGGUUCUCCUGCUGCUAAGCUUGCUCGAAGGAUCCUUCCAGCACAGAGCUGCGAGAGACACUGAGCGAAUCACAGAGCCAUCAGUCAGACGGGGACAGAGCAGGACGGAGGCAGCGAAUCAGUCAGGAGGCCAGGGUCAAUACCACUGUCUCCAGCUGUCCAACAAAGGCCACCCAGACAACAGAAGUGGUACGUUCUGCAGUCGUUUAUGGGACGGACUUCUUUGCUGGGCCAAGACACCAGCGGGGACAUUUCUAACACAAAUCUGUCCAGAUCCUCAUGGACUGAACACAACUGAAAAAGUGACAAAAUAUUGUGACAAAUCAGGUAACUGGGUUGAGACCGGCUCCACCUGUCGGGCCGAGUCGCGGGACAAAUUAGAGGAGAGUGAACAUUUCUUAAAGGGCGCGACGGAAGAGCAUUUUACAGAGGGCGCUGACGUCGACAGAGUUGUACUGGAGAAUGAAAAGAAGUGCAUGGAGAAAAUGAAGCGAGACCCUCAAUACAGUAGACCUGGUCUGUACUGCAGCCGUAUGUGGGACGGCUGGCUGUGCUGGGACGACACACCGGCGGGUACCAUCACUUCCCAAAACUGCCCCGGUUAUUUUGAGGAUGUAGAGCCCACGGAGAAAGUAACUAAGUACUGCGGCGAGGACGGCCAGUGGUUUCACCAUCCAGAGAGCAACGGGAUUUGGACCAACUACACACUUUGUGCAACUUCUUCUGAGAAGAGACAUGGAAAAACAAAAAUGCUGGAGAGUGAAUACAAUUGCUCUGUAAAAAUAACUCGAGAGCCGCCUGUUAACAGAUCUGGUCUGUACUGCAGCCGUAGCUGGGACGGUCAGUUGUGCUGGGACGACACGCCGGCUGGAACGUACGCUUCACAGAACUGCCCCGGGUAUUUGUUCGACCUGAACACCACAGAAAAGGCAACCAGGUACUGCGGUGAGGACGGACAGUGGUAUCGCCAUCCGGAGACCAAUAAGACCUGGACUAACUUCACCCUCUGUGCUGCCAACAACAAGAUGAAGGCAGCUGCCCAGCUCUCAGGUGACAUCCAGGUUCAGCUGGCUGAUGAGGCCACGGUCAGCCCCACGGUCAACCCAGAAGAACAGGAAAUGGUGAGAAAGAAAAUCCUGGACAGCCAGUACAAAUGCUUCGAGAAAAUGAAUCGAGAUACACCUUAUAAUAAGUCAGGGCUGUACUGCAGUCGGAACUGGGACGGCUGGCUCUGCUGGGACGACACCGCAGCCGGAACCUACACGUCUCAAAACUGCCCCAAUUAUUUUCCGGACUUCGACCCCACGGAAAAGGCCAUUAAGUACUGUGGGGACGACGGCCAGUGGUUUCGCCACCCAGAUACCAACAGGACCUGGUCUAACUACACACUCUGCAUCGAAAACACAAACUCAAAACUGCAGUCGGCCUACAUCCUGUUUUACAUGGCAAUUGUGGGACAUGCUUUGUCCAUAGCGUCGCUGCUCAUCUCUCUGGCGAUCUUCUUCUACUUCAGGAGUCUGAGCUGCCAGAGGAUCACCCUCCACAAGAACCUGUUCUGUUCCUACGUCCUCAACUCUGCCCUGACCAUCAUUUACCUGGUGGGUGUGGUCAACAAACCUGAGGUCGUGGUCAGGAACCCGGCCGGCUGUAAGGUGCUGCACUUCUUUCACAUGUACAUGCUGGGCUGCAAUUACUUCUGGAUGCUGUGUGAAGGCAUUUACCUGCACACGCUCAUUGUGGUGGCGGUGUUUGCGGAGGAGCAGCAUCUGCACUGGUACUACCUGCUGGGCUGGGGUUUUCCACUCGUCCCUGCAUCCAUCCACGCCGUGGCGCGGAAAAAGUACUUUGAUGACAACUGUUGGAUGAGUGUGGAGACCCAUCUGCUCUACGCCGUCCACGGGCCUAUUGUAGCAGCUCUUCUGGUAAGAGUCUUAUUAUUAUUAUUUAUUAUAAGAGUGUUGGUGACCAAGCUGCGGGACACACACCGGGCAGAGUCCAACAUGUACAUGAAGGCGGUCAGAGCCACCUUAAUCCUGGUGCCUCUGCUGGGAAUCCAGUUUGUAAUCAUUCCCUGGAGGCCGGAGAACAGAGUGGCAGGAGAGGUCUACGAGUACAUCAUGCACAUACUGAUGCACUACCAGGGUUUACUGGUGGCGACUAUAUUCUGCUUCUUCAACGGAGAGGUGCAGGCAGCGUUGAAGAGGCAGUGGAUGCAGUAUAAGAUGCAGUGGGGUCAGAGAAGGAAGGACCACUGUUCGAUGCGCUCCACGUCCUACACGGCCACCUCCAUCACCGAGGUGCCGGCCUUCAUGUACCACCACGACUGCACCAGCGAACAGUUGAACGGGCGCCACACGGAGGACUCUGAACUGGUGGCGCUGAAAUCGGGAGAGACGUACGCAUGAGCCGCCGUCCGGAGGCCAAAGAAUGUAGCAGGGAGAUUAGCCACGCGCGGGCGGCAGAGAUGUACAACAAAGAUGGAAGAUGAAUCCAGUUUUAGGGCCACAUCUCAAGGCCGACGCUGCUCUGUUGAAGCGAUACGUGAUCACACAGGUGUGGAAAUGAGGAGGCGGUGGAGCGAGGAGGAACUGAGAUGAAUCACUGUACAUCGGCGCCGCGGCUGCUUCUUUUUAAACCUUAUGAUGUCGGGAACUUUUUGAGACAGAAGCUGCUUUUGAUUAGCGUCACCUCACAAAGCUGCUAAAAGGCGUGAGCAUGCUCAGAGUGAGCGAUGGUCCUGAAUGUGACGCUGACUGACUGAUGGUCACGAGAGUGAAGCGGAAUCCUUACAAACUUCACCUUUGAUUAAGAUUACUGUACGUGGGACACAUCUUUAUGGUAGUGUGCUAACGACGGCGGUCAGAAGAAGCUGCUGUGCAAUGGAGUUGUGUAAAUAAAGUCUGUUCAUGAUGUUUAUUUGGAAAACGUGUUCAAAUGUCUUCAGAGAAAACUUUAUCUUUUGUGUUUGUUUGACGCUGAAUAUUUGAUUCCUGCCAGUUCCAGUUCUUACCUGCUAAGUGUUUGUUCUGUGACCGCUGACUACUUUGUUGUUUUGCCGUUUGCUGUAUUUGUGCCAAUGCCAGACUUCAGAAGGAGCGGCCAAUCAGAAGGCAGUUAAAUACACACACACACACACACACAGAGUACAGCAGUAGUAUCACUCGUUGCCAGUGAGACUACAAAGAAACACUUUUGAUUUUCCUCCCAGUCAUGCUUUCUCACGAUGGUGAUGCCUUCACUGUUCUGUGUUGUUUAGAACGUCAUUUCCAUGAAGAUUAAUUAAAUGAUUUGUAGCCUAUUUAUAUAUAUAUAAAAAACUAAAGAUAGAAUGCUAUCUUUAAAACAAAACACUUCAAUAGAGACAAGUAGAGCGAUAUAAAAUAGGUUUAAAAAAUGUCUCCAGAGAAAACAUCAGUCCUUUUUUUCUGACUUGAAGCUCAAACCAGAGUCACAGAAUGUGGAAAAGGCUCAGAGAAAAGAAAUAUCAUUGUCUGUGUACUUGGCUGGAGAGUGUGUGCAGGAUUGAUGUCCUUUUUCUUUCACGUCGUCGUCUGUGUGGUUUCAGUGUCAGGGCGAAGAGAGAAGGUGAAGGGAGACACAGUAGUGUUCUAAAGUAGGCCAAAACUCAAGGAAAUCUAAACUUUCCUACAUAUGUUUUACUCCAUACAGUAGAUGUUAACCAGCGGUAUUAACUACUUAUUAAUACUGCAGUAUUCACAGGAUUAUUAAGCAGUAUAUAACAUUUUGAUAACGGUUUCGUCUUAACUCAAAUGUAUUUUGCUGCUUUUGCGCUGCUUUUGGUUAGAUGUGAUCUGCAUUUAGUAUGACGUGCAAUGGAAAUAAAGUUGAAAUAUUAUAUUCUAUUUUGGCAUACAGUCAAGGUCUAAGUUUCUAACCAUAAAAGUAUCAUUUUUUAAGACUUUCUUUUUUAAGGUUUUAAGCUUUUUAAACAACAGCGACGCAAGCUAAUCUGGUGAGGUUUGCGGCAAUUAAAUGUAACGAAGGACUUCAUGGGUUUGUAGUAUUACUGGAGAUAUAGCAGAGAACAUUGUGUACCAUAUAGUAUUAGCUUUGGUUUAUCUGCUUGUUGAGAAACCCGACGUCAGAUUCCGUCGGGAGAAAACCCAAGACCCUAGAACUAAGGACUGAGAACACGUGCUCGCGUGUGUUUACUGACAUUUUAAAUAAGGUGAAAAGCAGCCUUCUGUUUCUUUGGGCUUCAAUCGACCUUUUCAAAACCAGCAAAACACAUACAGUACUCUACCGCCAUAUCCCCAGGUUUCCCUUAGCAACCACAGUCAGUCAUUAGGAGACAGCUAACUGUCUCCUAAUGACUGACAUGAAUCAGGAGGAAAUGUGAGAAAUGAUAAAAAACGAAUGAAAUACUUCUACGUAUAAGAACUACUGUGAACCUACGGUGGUUUGUAGUUUUUAUGACAGGGCUCGGAAGUUUUUCUGUUGUUUGGACUCCUGAUGAUCAACACCUGAACCUAUUACAACGUUACGUUUCGGUGACUUUCAGUGACAGUUGAAGAGUGACAAUCAAAUGGAGCGAACGACUUUGUCGCAGCAGGGCAAAGUGGGUUUUAGUGCUUUACACCAAUCCUUGAAGUGAAAUAUUAAAGUGUAUUAUUUAUUUUUUACUAUGGAACUCAUCCUCAGCCCAGUGGUCAGUGGACGCUGCCUUCUUUGUUAUGCACAGUGUGAGACACACGACCUUUCUUUGGCAUUCAGUCGGACAGAGCCUGUAUAUUUUGUAUGUCUGUGUAAAUAUAAGACAGGAGAAUUCCGUAUGUGUGUAUAAAUACAGUAAAUCAUUUCUUUUGCACUGUGAACUACAGCUGACCGCUAUUAUAUAUAUAUUUUUUACUUUUCUGUCAUUAUUCUGGGCUUGUGUUGGUCUUUUCUUCUUCGCUCCGUCUCAUCUCAGACCAGUCUCAUUUUAAAGGCUAUUAUUAAAAACAAAAUGUAUUUUGUAAAAACCAAACUACUGUGUUUGUGUUUGAUUCUAUUUUAUUUACCUCAUAAAGUAAUAUUUCUGUAAGAAAAAACUAAACAUUGAUUUUCAUUCGGUGGAUUUCCUGAAUUCUGUGCUGACUCAGCAGUAUUUCUCUUGGCUACUCAGCCCUCGUCCAUAUUUCAGGGUUGAGAGGUUUUAUAUAAUGAGUGAGCAGGCAAACAAACACGUGCCUCCAGUUGGGCAUCGCCGUGAGGUUUAGCUUGACUCACAUUAGCAGCCUGUCAUCUGGGCAACUUGACAGGAACUAAGUGACGCUGUAGCUUUAAGGAUGGACGCCGGUCUGCGUCCCUCGACUCUAUAAUGUUGUUAUCACACUAACGAGGCCGAGUGGUUCUCAUUUAAAAAUGAAUUUUGUACGUAGACAUAUAUAUAUAUAUAUUCAGCCUUCUUAUAGUCAGAUACUGUAUAGAAUGUAAUUUCAGGCUCUGCUGCCUCCUAAUGGUAAAGCUGAGCAGAAAAUCUGAUGGAGUUUUCGCAGUCAUUCAAAGUCUGUUUAAUGUUAAUAAUAUGACAAAGUCAAAGUUUGAAGCUCCACGUCACUCUGUGCCACAACUCAAUUAUCAACAAAUGAAUACAUGCAGGAAAAUAUACCAUAUCUAUAUCUAUAUAUAGACAGACAGACAGACAGACAGACAGACAGACAGGAGGAUGAAUACAUUCAUAUUUUAGACAAGUAAAUAUUAGACUAAAAGGCUUUAUUAGUAACUCUAUGACAUGGAUGUCAAACCUAAGGCCCGCAGGUCAUUAUGUUAUAUGUACUGGUCACUUGGAGUUUGAUAGCCCUGCUGUAUGAGAACCCAUACAGAGAACCAGCAGUCAUACUGUCACAGCUUAAUAAGUCAGUAGUAAGGUUCAUAAAGAGACUGUGUGUGUAAAACCACUGAUGCACAUGUCUGUUCUCUCCGAGCCAGUCGCAGUAUUAGGAGCAUCAUGGGAGAACAGGGAACCCCUGCUGCGCUCAGCGCCACGGCCACAAAGACAAUAAAUCAAACCGUGGAAAUCUUCUCUCACUGCGGGACUAAAAUCCAUCGCUUCUCUCUGCUCAGGAGAGAUAGGACUCGGAGUCACCGUGGGAUUCAGAAGCAGGCGUUAAACCGUUGCUGCAGAGCAGGGAGUCGAAUUAAAAGCCAGAACAAUGGACAAAAGGAGAAAUUAUGAUAAUUCCGUUAGUGAAAAGACAAACAGUUCUGGGCUCAUUGACUGCUGAUUGGACCAACAUCCACUGAGAUUCCCACUUUAACUUCACACACUACUCUGGAUUCUGUACUGAAUGAGACAAAAGGCCUCAUUAAUCAACAAUAAAAACUUCCAGUUUUGUUUGAAGACUUAGACGUAGUUUUUUUUUUUUCGGCCAACAUCACGUUUCGCCUCUAGUCAAUUUAUGCCGAUGAAAAAAAAAACAUUUUUGUGGAAUUCCUGAAUUGUUGUUGAUGCUGCGUCUGACUCCACAGGAACAUCAGCGCCCUCCAGAGAAAUCUGAACAGAGACUGAGAAUGAUCCAAUGAAUCACCUCCUCCUUAACUAAUGUGCUGCUCAACUGCUACAGUACGAUCUCCGUGGAACCUUAGCUUUCCAGAGCCUUUGAAGUAUUAUUAGAAAACGCUGCCCGCUACAUGCUAAUUAUUCAUUAUCUCCCUGUUUUAAACGCUUUGAUGUUGAGAUUAUCAGUGAUGAAACUAUGCCCCGGGGCCCAGCGCUGAGCCACGCCCGCGACAAUAUUUAUUUGCCACAUUCAUCGUAUGUAGUAUCGUAUAUCGAGGGGUUGUGGGGAGAGAGUGGGGGUCCUGUGGGGGUCGGAGGCAUAGAAGGAAUGAAAAGAAAGAACAAAGGAAAAGAAGGAAGGAAAGAAAGAAGUAGGAACUGAUGAACUGUGACAAAAUCACAGAUGGUAAAUGAUCAGAAAUGUCUCGGAGAAUCUUAGGAAUCUGAGAACGUUGAAGACCGAGGUACGCAGCAGGAAGACUCCUUCACAUCAGGGUGAACCUGUCAGUCUGUUUAAAGCUGCUAUGACAUGUCUUAGAAGAUAAGUGUCCCCGUCUUGUCUUCUUAAUAGGUCUUGUUCCCUCAUUAUUCACUAAUGAGAUUUGUGAGACAAAAAUUAAUUACCAGGGAACUUGAUAGACAGGCUGCUGCAGUGGGAAGAAAUAAAUAUACGUCCUCCCUUCUUCCACGUGGAGUUUGGACUCUGAGCCUGAGUCAACGCCUGGCUUUGUUCCUUGUUUGCAUCUGAGUUUAUUUCUGCCAAAUAUUUUAGCACUUGUGACAACAGGAAAAGAAGCAAUCAGUCACAAUUACACAGAUACAAACAACACUGGAGCCCACGGAGGCUGAACAUUUCAGCUCUCCUCCGUGAUUGCACCUUGGCAGUGUUGAACAAAUGACUUAGUAUGUUGCCCGUCUUCAAACUGUUUUAAAAAGCUGGAGAAAAAAGAAAGUCGGCGGAAAGGAAACGGUGUUUGGAAAACAAACCUGGUUCACUGCUUUUAAUGAUGUUAAAAAAAAACAAAACAGGCGUGCAUGACAAGAAGGUUUCAUGGUGCAUGGACUGUGAUGCAAAACUAAACCGUAAUGAGAAAAGGGACCACACGGGGACCAACUCUUCGAAGCUAUAGUUCCUCCUUAUCGCAUGUGUCGAACCCAAGGCCCGUGGGCCAAAGGCUGCCCACCAAAUCAUUUUUGGUUAGCAGAAGUAAGACUGAUGACUGAGACACAGGUCACUGUGAUGACACUGAUUGGCUGAGACAAACAGACAGGAGAGGAGAGGACACAGAGAGAGACAGCUAACUAACAUGCGAACCAUAAACUACAACGAUGCAUUUCACGAUGACCAGAUCUCUGUGAUCAGGGAUCCAUGAUCCUCGGUGAACAUUACGAGACUUUUAAACGGCCGACGUUUGAUUAUGUGCAGCGAGGAGCUGGACUGUAACUGUAGAUACUACUCAGCUGAAAACCAGCAUCUGAAACCCUCCGAGCCACAAACUUCAACAUGCCCUCGUUAAAUUCAUGCACGGACUGGAGUGUUGUCGUACGGAGCCGACAGUCAGAGGGCCAAAGAAAACCCACAGUGCUUAAAGCUAAGGGCCCUCAGAGCCUUGUUAAACACCAGGUUAACAGCCAAUGUUUCCCUUUUAUCCAAUGACUGUAGACUCACAUUUUCCACACUGUUCGAGACAUUUAAUGUGCGGUCCCGGCACAGCAGGCAAGGCACUAAUUUAUUUCUGUUUUACUAUCCCUGCAGUGUAAAUUUCAGGUUCAGGGUUAGAAGAAAUACAGCUUUUAGAGGCGUCCGGGUAAAAUGGAUGAAUCUGAUCAUCUCUGGCAGGGCAGUAUGAAAACACGGGGAAGCAGAAGUUGCCUUGAAAGCAAAUACUGUACCGGGGCCAACAGUUAAAGGCUCAGCAACCACAAUUUUUAGUUCAACACUUUUCUGUCAGCACACAUAUAAAUCUUUGUUGAGAAUCUGAUCGUAAAUAAAAUUGAACAUCGAACUGGUUUUAUGAUCUGUGCAAAUGGUUGGUUAGUUUAAACAGAUUAGAAUUUUCUUGUAAGUACAUUUUCACCGUAACGUCCAACUGGGUGAGAAAUUUGGAUCUGAACAACAGCAUCUGUAUAUUUGUCACUCAUUCAAACAAUAGGGUUUAAUGGUCAGUUCUAUCAGGACAAGAACCUGUAUUUGUUCGUCCAUCACAGCCCCCCCCCCACCCCCAGUACUCUGUAGGUUACAGUAAUGUGCUAUUUUAGUAUUUAAAUAUUAUUAUUUUGGUCCCACAAAUAAACCAGGAGUAUGUUCCAUCUUGGUGUUAAAAUAAAUAAUGAUAAUAUAUAUAUAUAUAUUACUAAUAAAAACAUUUCAUUAGUUCUAAUUCUGGUUUCUAAGGUUGUGCUUUGAAAUACGUAAUAUGUUUUAUCUCUGUGGUUCGCAAACUCUGGUAGAGCGUUAAUUGUACCACAGCAGAGAAAUUGCACUGUUACAAUUUGUUACAAUUUUUUACAAUUUGUUACUGUAUUUCAAUAAUGCAACAGGAAGAAGGAUUAGAGUGUUAAAAAUAUCUACAAAAGGCGGGCAGUUCAGUUCGAUUUUUGUUUUAUGUUAAAUCUAUAAGAAAGUAUUAAAUAUGCAAUACAAGAUACUCUAUAUACCAACGUCAGAGUACUAUGUGUCAUUAAAUCUUCAAAACCAUUACACACUGGGCGUACAAAGAAAAACUAAUUGCUUUACGUCAGCGGCCCACACACUUGAAGACACUCCACGUCCCCUGCCUGUGCCUCAUGUAGUACUUAUAGAAGUGUAUUUGCCUCUGUGGGUAGUACUCCUAUAGCCUGUGUGUUUUCACUCCUCACACCACCUAGCCUGCCUACAUCUCACCGCAGUUCAUUUCAAUCUGCGGCGUUGGCUAAGUGUGGAAGUGUGCAGUGAAAUGGAAGAUUAUCAGUGAGUGCUGCGUGAACGUGAGCCUGAGAAACCAGAGGGAGACAUGACAUGUGUCCUGGAGGACACGUCUGGACACUGGAGACAGGAGUCUGCAGAGCUGAAGCUAACAGUGGCAGAGACGGAGUGAAACAGGAUCAGAUUAGAAAGUCUCUCUCUCAUGUUUUGCCUAAAUAGCGUCGUUAGUCAUGUGCGCGCAAGGAACUUGCUCACAGAGAGCCAGAUGAUGGAUGAUGGGAGGAGGCAGAGGGGGGAGAACCAGGGAGAUAUAGGGGAGAGAUGCUAGGAGCAAGACCAAAUGAGUUUUCUUCUUUUUUUUCCCAGCUGAAAGUAAAUGAUUGCUUCUCCCUGGCUAUUGUUUCUAAAAGGUGAUGAAAAGCACGGGUAGAGAUGAUAGGAAAAAAUAUUAGAAAAAAUCUAAAAAAUACAUUUAAAAAAUAGGGCAUGUUUAUAAUACAUUCAAAAAAGAAUGAAUACUAUUGUCCAUAUGUUCAAACAUAACAACAUCAGGUUCAAAGUCUGAAAUGAGAACCAGCUUGAAAUCCUUCACAGAUCUGCAGGGAAGAGUCGGAAAGGUACUGUACGAUACAUCAGUAUUCCUGCGGCGUGUGGACCACACAGCAUAUUUGAUGGUUUAUAUACCACACUAUAGAACUCGCGGCCUGUAAAAUAACACACUGCAGCCUUUUCUAAAUCUAUUUAACGCACACGUUUACACGCAGCCCGAGUGCGAGUCAGGCAGAGGUGAGCUGUAAUUGCCAAUGAAAACGCGCUGUCAUGGCUGAAAGUUGAAAGUUGCCUCGGCCUAGCGCUGACUGCCUCAGACUUCAGUCUCCCUCAUCAAGUAUGCAGACCAGGAACGGGGAAACCAGAAGGAACACGCUGAGCUCUGUUGGACUGAAAUGAAAAGGUACAUUAUGGAGUACACAUUAUGUCACUGAAGGAAAGUGAAGGAGACCGUGACAGGUGUACGGCAGCGGUGGUCAGAAGACAUCGCCUUCUUAAGUCAGAGCUACUUUCUCUUAGCACUCUGUAAAAAAUGUGUUUAAUUUCUGCAAAAAAAAAGGAAAAAAAAGAGAGAACUAUUUAUAAAAAGUAAUAAAGGUGGUUGAGCUGAGCCGUGAGAGGUCAUUGGGUGGUGGUAAGAAUAAGCAAAUUUCACUUAAUUGGUCUUUAGUUAAUGCUAGCAAUGUUAGUAGCAUGUAAAUCGUAUUCAUGGCAGUGAACUACACCUUAACUAGCUAACACCUAUAUGUUUUUUUUUAACAAAGGCUGUCAUACAUACUAGAGCUUCAGGGUCAGACGUAUUAAAUCACACACAGCACAGUGUCUCCACCGUGAUGAACGAGUGUCCGGCCGGCAGGAUGAUAAUACUGUAAAUAUUGACAAUGUGACCAAGUGGAGAAAUGUGAGGAACCUGGUUAAUAGUUCAUUAAAGAGGAAGUGGAUAAAUAAUACAGAACAGUUCAGAGUUAAUAUAAACAAACACACAGCGUCUGCCUGUAAUGAAGCCAUGAAUAUGCUGUAAAGACAACUGUACGUAUAGAGAUACUGUGGAUGAUGACGCUCUCAGACCCUCCGUUCUUCUCUGCCUCGUCGCCGGGACACCGGCGAGGUGGAGAGCCGUGAAAUUACAUGGAAUAAUCGUCAGCGAUCAUGUUGUUUGUUUAGGGAAAUAAAUAUAUCAUCAAGUUCAUUUCAUACUCCGCUAUCUGUACGUCUGCGCUCCUGAUUCAUGCCUCAGUUAUUAGGCCUAGUGGCUGUCGUUCGUUAUCGCUGAUGUGAAAUGAUGCCUAAUGUACAAAACCAUUAGAAGACCACCAGUGAAUAUUCCUCACUUGGUCUCGUGGCCCCAGGCGGCUGAAGACACUUGAACAAAUCAAUAGAAGAAAAAGAAGAAAAAGCAGAACUGACUGAUGAAGAGCAGCUGUUACUCAUACACUGAGUGCUGCAGGUUUUAGUUUUAUUUUUUACUUAACCUUUAUUUUAUGUGGUAUCGUUUGCAAAUACAAAAAGUUUAAGUCGAGAUAUGUUCUGCCUCUCUGUUUUUUUCACUAAUAUUUUACGAUUUCUUCUUAAGACGUCCCCUCGUACAGUUGGUGCUGCAGGUGCGUUACAACACCUACAGUCUACAGUCAGAAUUACAGCUGUGAACGAAUGACCUUAACUGACCCCCACUCAUCUGUCCGUCUGUUUUUUUUUUAUAUUCACUUUCCCUGGUGACUUUUAUAGGUCGAAGGAAUUUGGUGAUUUUUUUUCCUCUUGCCCCGCUGUGACAUUGACGUGACCCUGCUGACGCUGGCCCUGCGAUGACCUGCCAUAGUUCCACCCUGACUCAGCCAGUGUCGGAUGGGACCGGCUCCAGCUUCCCCUCGGCUCAGGAGCAUAAAGCAUAUGGUUAUUAUUUUUAGAUGGGUACUGGAAAGAACUGGUUUAUUUAUAAGCUGUUGGCAAUUCAGGGUGGAGGGUUAUCUGGAACACAUUUGUCAAAUGGUAUCUCAGCCAUAGCGCAGUGACAAGAUCCCUAAAUGCAUGACUUGCAAAUUCAGGAAAACAAUUCCUUUAAAAAUAAUAAUAAAAUAAAAGAUUUCAAAAUAUGGGGUUGAACCGAGGUCGAAGAGCUGAUGGUAGGUAAAAGUUUAAUUAGAAUAAAAAAUAAUGCUGAAAAUCUUCAUGAGGCCAGUCAAAUGACAGAGAAAUGAGCUCCCCCUACAGUAAGUUUGCCUCCAUGAAAAAAAGUUGUAUUUUGAUGAAUAUUUCUAUGUAUAUAAAUACACAAAAGUACAUGAAUGAGGAGCAGGCAACAGCUCCUUAUUUGCAUGUACACAUCAAACUCAGUUCCUGAUCCAACGCCUGUGCACCCUCUGAUAAUCUCACUGCACUUCUCACUUCUCAGUCCCAGUCUCUGCUGCAGGAACGUUCAUUUCCUGUGUGGCAGACGAACAAUUCAUAUUCUCUAAAUAACAAUAAUUCCCGGGCUUUCAUUGGAAGGAGUUUUCCUCCUUUUCCCAUCAAACCACAGCUCUAUUAAUAACAGGCCGUUAUAUUAAACUCCUCCAUGAACCAAGGCUUUAAUUGAAACCAAUUUCACUUCCAUUUCAACAUUGAUGGAGACCCAGUGUUUGUUGAGGUUUUUCCUCUGUCUCUCUGCUGGUGAUUACAGCCACACACACACACACACACACACAGAGCUACUCAGGCAAGAAAUUAGCAGCGGCUGCCGCAACCACAAUCUCAGCGAACGGCGGUGGGAGUUCACCCGACGGAGGCUGACAUCCAAUUAGCAGCUGCAGUGUGUGAUGUCAGUCAGUCAACGAUAAGACUGCGGUGAUUAUGUUCUUUAAACGCUGCUCUAUAUAUGAUUGGAUAAGUCAUUAAUCAUCUGAUGAUUUCUCUGACUGUGGUUUUAAUUGACUUUGUGUUACUGACCACCACUGGUCAACACCGGUCAACACCAGAAACAGAGUCCGAGCCUCAUUAAGGAAACACUAGUUCCAAUUUAUAGGUUUGUUUCCUGUUCUGAAUCGAUGGACAUCUUUGUUCAAAGCUCCGUGGACACACUGUGGACACACUCUGUGGACACACUGUGAAAGACGAUGCCAUGUUGAAAGACAGUGUCUUUGAGGACAACCACCAUCAUCAUGAUCAUCAUCAUCAUGUGCAUGAGAAAAAUAAUGAUAAUAAAGAUGUCUGAAUACAUAUGUAUAUUUAUGAAGACAGUUGAUGAUUUAGAUCAACAUCAAGAUUCAGAUGAUUUAGUCACUUAAAUAUAUCCUGAAAAUGUUCAUCUUACCUCCUUUUUUUGAUCUGAUUAAAUGCCUUCAUCAGAUCCAGAGAAAAUGAUUCAAUUCCUGCAAAUUAUAAUA